AUGACUUCCCAACACUCCCGGAGGUCUCGCGAGUCAACGCGCCCUGAGAUGUCGAUCGGGCGAUACACACGACUCGACGAGAUUGGUCGAGGAAGCUUUGCAACGGUCUACCAGGGCGUUCAUACUAAAUCACGCACCUUUGUAGCCAUCAAGUCCGUCAAUAUGUCAAAGCUUAACAAGAAGCUCAAAGACAACCUUUCCUCCGAAAUCGAUAUCCUCAAGGGCCUACACCAUCCGCAUAUUGUCGCGCUCAUCGACUGCCACGAGUCAACUUCACACAUUCACUUGGUUAUGGAAUACUGUGCCUUGGGAGACUUGUCACUUUUCAUUAAGCGCCGUGAUACCCUUGCUGGCCAUCGAUACACCCGCGAUAUGAUCGCCAAGUACCCGAAUCCCCCAGGUGGAGCGUUGAAUGAGGUCGUGACUCGACAUUUCCUGAAACAACUUUCUAGCGCUUUGCAGUUUCUUCGAGAUCGAAACCUCAUUCAUCGAGAUAUAAAGCCGCAAAAUCUCCUGCUUUGCCCUUCACCUUCCUCGUACCGGAGUGGCACGGCCCAAGCCAUCCCGUUCAAGGGCAGUGAUGACUCUUACGAGCCGAUCACAGGUCUUGAAUCCUUACCAAUGCUCAAGAUUGCCGAUUUCGGGUUUGCGCGGUCCUUACCAGCGACUUCACUGGCAGAGACUUUGUGCGGCUCCCCGCUUUAUAUGGCGCCUGAAAUCCUUCGGUACGAGAAGUAUGAUGCGAAAGCUGAUCUAUGGUCCGUUGGAACUGUGCUUUAUGAGAUGGUUGUGGGGCGACCUCCAUUCAGGGCUACAAACCACGUCGAGCUCCUUCGCAGGAUUGAAAAGGGAGAGGAUCGAAUUCGAUUUCCAGAGGAUAACCCAGCCUCAGAUAAUAUCAAGAAAUUGAUCCGGGGCCUCUUGAAGCGGAACCCAGUCGAACGAUUGAACUUCCCCGAGUUCUUCAAUAACAAUGUUAUUAUCGAUCCAAUCCCUGGAUUAGUGGCUGAUGACGCACCCCAACCGCCGCGACGUCCAUCUGCAGAUGAUCUUAAUGAACCGAGACCAUACAGGACUGGGCCUCAACCGGAUUUGAAAUCCGAUAAAGAUUCACCGUAUUCUACGGAUCAAGAACCCGCGACAUAUCCCCCUCCCCAUCGACCAUCCGUCAAUCAUCAAAAAUCUACAGACACCCCAUUAAGUUCCUCACCGAUGCGUCGGCUGGGAAGUACAGACAAGCCAGCUUCGGGCGUUUCUAAGCAGAAUACCCGUGGUAGUACUAUGCCCCAACGACCAGCUGCAAUCGCCUAUGCCACAGCCCCUGGGCGACAGGAGCUUGUUGAUCGAAACGCUGCGGCGGAUGCGAUGGAACGACAGCGAAACCGCAAUACGUACUCCGGACCUUCUAAGUCACAGGUUGUCCGUUCCCAAGAGGAACACGAACGAGCGGCUCAAGAAGUGGCCUUUGAGAGAGACUACGUUGUUGUGGAAAAGCGAGCAGUCGAGGUCAAUGCCUUUGCUGACGAGCUGGCGCACAGCCCACGAAUUCAAGGUGGAUUUCCUCGGGGGCCGACAGGCGCUAUGUCUCGACGUGCAACGACACAGGGACUGCCAAGCGUAUCAUCAAAUUCUCCGCAUGGAAACGCUUCCAAGGCUAUGCAGAUUAUUACCAAUCGUGCCCGAGCAGACUCCACCCAUCAGCGCCAGCAUUCAUAUGAGCGUCGGUACGGACAGAGCCCAACGUCGGCGACAUCGGCAAUUUCCAAGGCUCUAAAUAUGGCUAGCGGCCGUCUUUUCGGCAUGGGGUUUUCACCUCCGAUGGCUGUCACCAAAGGAGGGCGAUCGCCACCUCUAGCCUACAAUCCAUUCCCGGCCUACCCCUCUGCUCAAACGAGUCUAAUGUUAAUGGGAGAGGGACCUAAGACUAAUGCCGCUGUCGAUGAAGACUACAAGACAGUUUCGGUCAUUGAAGAAUGUGCGACCCGUAGUGACGUUGUGUAUGGAUUCGCUGAGGUGAAGUACAAGCAACUUAUCCCCUUGGCACCUUCAGCUCACCCCGAUCAUCCAAGACCAUCUGGAACUGCCGAUGCUGAUGAUCAUGGUGAUGACGGCUUGACCAUCGACGCUAUUGUUACCCUAUCUGAGGAAGCGCUGGUUCUGUACGUGAAAGCCCUUUCAUUACUUGCAAAGUCUAUGGACAUUGCAGGGGCAUGGUGGUCCCGGAAAAACCGAGAAGAGGCCUAUGGAGACCAUUCGAGCCGAAGCGAUGGUACAAGCGCCUUGGCUGGCACUCGGAUCAACAAUGUUGUUCAGUGGGUCCGAAGUCGGUUCAAUGAAGUACUAGAGAAGGCCGAGUUCGUUCGCUUGAAGCUCAUUGAAGCUCAAAGGCGAUUACCACUCGACCAUCCCGGCCAUCCAGAUAACCGCUCUGUCGGUUCUACUACGGCCUCUUAUGGAUCAGCCGACGUUGUUGUUAGCCCGGGAGUCACCGCCGAGAGGCUGAUGUAUGACCGGGCAUUGGAGAUGAGUCGUGCUGCAGCCAUCAACGAAUUGACCAGUGAAGAUCUAGCCGGCUGCGAGAUUGCCUAUGUUACUGCUAUUCGUAUGUUGGAGGCAGUCCUUGAGGAUGACGGAUCACAGUCGAGCUCGGGUGUUUCGGGUGAUCAGCAAGGAACCUCAUACGCCAGUGACAAGACUUCAGAUGACAUGCAGGGGGAGGAUCGCCAAGUGCUCGUUAAAUUGGUAUCUAGCAUGCGUGGCCGUUUGACAUCUCUCCGGAAAAAGCUUGCUGUGCUCUCCAAACGAUCAUCAUUGCCAACACCCACCAUGGGUGGUGGUCGAAUGCCAUCUUCCAACUUGGUCCCCAUCUCGCACGCCACUGGAGCCACGCCACCUCGAUGA